CUGGUUGAUAGCUGGGCACCAGUCUAUACGUGCCUAGGUUCGCAAGAUUGACUGAAAGUGUGCUGCUCUUCCUCACCACUUCCGUCACUCACUCGUUCAUUCCCAGACCCUUCUUCUUCUCAACCAGACCUAAGAUACACACUAAACCACACUCCUUCAGCUUCUCUUUCUAGCUUCGACCUUCGACUUCUUCUUUUCUAUCCUGCUUGUCCCCUCCUUCAUACAAGCAGACGUUGAAAGACCAUUGUUGUCCACUUGAUCCAGUUUUCCCCUUCGUCAAAGAAUUAAUCUGUCCCACUUCCACUAUCCGCCCUCCUUAAUUUCCCACCAGCCCGCAAGUCCUCAUCCGGGUUCGGAACUUUCGACCACAAUAUCAACCCUAGAGUGUGCUCCUUGCGACUGCGACAAACAACACGGAGAGAACAACAAAACAAGGGAUCUGGGGGUGCCGCCUGUAACUCGGCAUCACCAAACAGCAGUUGCAGGAGCACGGCCACCCGCCACACUUUGUCAACAUGCGGCGCAGCCUGUUAAUCUUUUUACUUUUUACGAUCGUCCUGGUCACCCUCCUCUUACACUCGGUCUCGACACUGCUUUCCUUGCUCAUUGAGGAUGCCUCUGGUGAUGCGAUCCACCGGGCCGAACUCCCUGAGCCCAACUCGACCUUACUUGAAUCGCGUCCUCAGUUAAUCCCCAAGAUCAUUCACCAGACCUACAUCAACGAGUCGAUCCCUGCCCACUGGAAACCUGCCCAACAGUCAUGCAUCAAGUUGCACCCGGACUACGAAUAUAUUCUGUGGACGGAUGAAAAAUCGGUGGACUUCAUCGCAAAAGAGUACCCGUGGUUUUUGCCCACUUUCACCGGAUAUCGACAUAACAUUCAACGAGCCGACGCCAUCAGGUAUUUUGUGUUGGCCCACUAUGGCGGCAUCUAUAUUGACCUGGACGACGGGUGCCAACGAAAGCUCGACCCUCUUCUUUCUUACACGGCAUGGCUUCGUCGCACCGUUCCUACCGGUAUUAGCAACGAUGUCAUGGCCGCCAUUCCCCAGCAUCCAUUUUUCCUCCGGGUCAUAGAAUCGCUUCAGGGCGCUGACAGGUCGUGGGUGCUGCCAUACAUUACUAUCAUGGCUUCGACCGGGCCCUUGUUCCUCUCGGUGAUAUGGAAAAAGUGGAUGGGCGAGCACUCCCACCUGGAUCAAGAAAACUGGGUCGGGCGAGUCCGAGUCCUCAUGCCCGACGAAUACAACAAUCAUCCCUGGAGUUUCUUCAAAACGUACAAGGGCAGUAGCUGGCACGGCAAAGACGCCAAGUUCAUUUUCUGGAUGGGUAAGAACUGGCUCUUUCUUACCGUCCUGGGAUUUGUGUUGGCUGGCAUGGUCGGUAUGGCCAUCUGGUGGUUGUAUUCCCGCCUGAUCGUCGUCGGUGCCAGAAGACGGGCGGUUGGAAGUCCACGCAUCACUGCUUUCCGGAUGGUUUCGAGAGUGCCGCUGUUUGGAAAAUGGGGUGCUCCCAAACAAAGCUACGAACUUGUCACGCAGCGUGAUGCUUGAGUGGGAUAGGGCAUCGGAUGUGAUUUUACGCCGACAUUUUCCAAAAGCCUUUGCAUGGAUAUGUCCUAAAGGGUCUUGUCUGAAGAAGCUAUUGUCAUGCAGGGAUGCUCUAGCGGUAUUCACGGUGGAUCUUAGAAAGACAAACAGCAUCACUACUAUUACUCGUGUCCUGCGUGUUUGCUUUGUUAUUUUCAGCGAUGGCGUUUACAGGUGGGCAUCAGCAACAGCAGUCCUCGGGGAAUGUUUUAAGGCCCGGAUUUCUGAUAAAUGGAGAGGCCAUCAAUUUUUUUUCCUUUUCUGUGCAAGGCUUCCUGUCCGGGCCAUCUGGCUGCUCAUCGAGGUGCUUGAUUCUCUCGGGCACAUGAUGGCUACGGAGCAUACCAUACCAGGCACCCUUGCUUGCCAGGCCAUGUUUAUACACAGUGUCUACCUAUCAGCUAGGUACUUGCCUCACUUAUCUAUUGUAAUAAGAGCGGAAUUGGGUGGGCCGGAAAUGAACAAGGCAACAACUUUUUGUAUUGAAUCAAACUAGCUAUCUACCUAGGUACUUAUCUUCCUGCCUUUCUUACUUUCUCCGUGCAUUGCACCCAGCAAAGGAAAGACGAGACCAGCGGGGCGGGAUAAGAGAGCCGUGACGAGACCCAGUUAAUCGAUUGUCUUCUUGAUACUAGCACAGAAUAAGCAAACCUGUUAGAUGCUUUUUCCUGCCGAACCACAAGGAAAUGUGCAACGAAGCAGAAGUUGAUAUCGA